GCUGUGCGCUACAUCCGGGCGCUUUAUUGGUUUACAAGCCUGCGAAGAUGGCGACUUCAGGGAGGAGUACAUUAUUAUCCUCCAACUCAACUGGACAUAACAGCACUCUGGAAAACCAAAACCCAGAAGACGAAGAUGGACAGAAUUUAUGGUCGUCAAUCCUGAGCGAGGUUUCGACGCACUCCCGAUCUAAGCUACCGUCGGGAAAGAAUGUCCUGGUCAUGGGUGAGGUGGGUUCGGGGAAGACCACCCUGGUUGCUAAGCUACAGGGGGUGGAGGAGUACAUGAAAGGGCGUGGCCUGGAAUACCUGUACUUCAGUGUCCAUGACGACGACAUUGACGACCAGACCAGGUGUAACGCCUGGGUGUUGGACGGAGACCUCUACCACAAGGGUCUCCAGGGUGUGGCGGUGCCGGUGGAGGCUGUGGGAGACUCGUUGCUGCUCAUCACGCUGGACAUGUCCCGGCCGUGGAACGCUCUGGACUCGCUGCAGAAGUGGGCCGCCGUCGCCAGGGAACACAUCGACAAGCUGCGGGUUACCCCGGAAACGCUGAGGGAGCUGGAGCACAGAUUGGUGAAGCAGUUCCAGGAGUACGUGGAGCCAGGCAGUGAAGAAGGUGCCCCUCAGAGGAGGAGUGAGGAGGAGGAGAGUGUUCUGCUGCCACUGGGAGAAAACACACUCACACACAACCUGGGCAUUCCUAUGGUUGUAGUCUGCACUAAGUGUGACGCCAUCAGCACCCUGGAGAAGGAACAUGACUACAGAGACGAACACCUGGACUUCAUCCAAUCACACAUCCGACGCUUCUGUCUGCAGUAUGGUGCCUCUCUCCUGUACACAUCGGUGAAGGAGAUGAAGAACCUGGAUGUGCUCUACAAAUACCUGGUCCAUAGACUCUACAGCUUCCCCUUCCACUGCCCCGCACAGGUGGUGGAGAGAGACGCCGUCUUCAUACCGUCAGGGUGGGACAACGAAAAGAAGAUCGCCAUAUUGCACGAGAACUUCCAGACGCUGAAAGCAGAUGACAACUUUGAAGAAGUAAUAGUGAAGCCCCCAGUCAGAAAGUUUGUUCAUGAAAAGGAAAUUCAAGCGGAAGACGACCAGGUGUUUCUUGUGAAAUUGCAAUCGCUGCUCGCCAAACAGCCUCCUGUGACUGCAGGACGCCCAGGGCAGGACCCCACCAGUAGAGCUCCCAGUGGCUCUCCAAGGACAAGUAAUCGCUCUGCAGCGGCCAACGUAGCCAACGCCAUGCCCCAAGCAGCAGGUCAGACCAGUGAGGGGGUGCUGGCUAACUUCUUCAACAGCCUUCUGACUAAGAAGGCCGGUGCAGGUGGGCCAGGGACUCCAGCAGGGGGUAACAACACUCCAGGGACUGUACGCAAGUCAGGGUCUAAGCUGGGCCUGAGUGAUGUCCAGGCGGAGCUGGACAGGAUCUCCAGUCGGGAGACGGACGGGGAGCCCUCCAACGACACCCCCGCCGACGGACAGGACACAUGAAGGGGGGCGGGGCCCACAUACCACCACCCCCCCCCCCCCCACCUCCAACUCCCACCCCCCCAUGCCACUUGUCACACAUAGAGACGGUGGGAAUUUGGGAGAAGACCGACCACGCCUCCCUGUCACUAUCCUCACCCCCCUACCCCCCGAGUCCCAGAAGAAGAGAGAGCACUCCCCCUGCCUCAGGCCUGCUGCAUUGUCUACACCGCCUCCAGCCAACCCCCAUCUUCUCCCUUCCCUCAUCCCUCGCUCCCUACCUCCUCUCUUCUCCUCCAAAUGGGCCACAGCAUCCAGGGAAGCAUCUGGCAGCGUUUCAUACUGGACUGUUCAUCUUUACGACAGAAGGCGACGAGAGGAGCUGUGAAAGAAAGAAUGAAGGAACAAACCGACAGGAAGGGGAAAAGGGAGAGAGAAUGUUAGUGAGUGAGGGACUUGAGGAAGUAAGGCAGAGGGGGGGGGGGGUGAUAUCCUCUUUAUACUGUUGGAGCUACUGAAAUGUGUGUGUGUGUGUGUGUGAGAGAGAGAGUGUACUGUUGGCAUUCUUGUGUGUGAAUGUGGCGUCAUGUGGGACAAGGCAGCCUUGGCCAGUAGUUCUAAAGAUGUGGGGAUUUGACUAUUGAUAAACACAGCCUGAGAAAGAGAGAAGAAGGAAAAAAGUCAGGAAAAGAGAGUGAGGAAUUUGAAGCAAGUCUUACUAACCUUUUCAAUUUUCCAGCUGAAUGGAUUGAUGAAUACAACAGUAUUAUGAUCCUAACAGUUACUGGCCUGCUGUGUGUGUGUGUGUGUGUUCGUGUGCUGGAUUGGAAGAUGUUACAGAGUUGUACAUAGAGAGACUUUGGCCUUUGUGGUUUCAAUCAUGAAGCUGAACAAUUUUCUUUCAUUACACAUGAUACAGUAUAAUGCUGUGACCACCAGGAACACCUGGCCUACAGCCUACACUACAGAUCAACACACACUAACUUGGAACCACAAACCUAAACCAUGAAUACUGUUCCAAUUCAAACCUGCCAGAAACCCAAGUACCAUUCAUAGACGUACCGACAAGGGUCUGGAAUAAGGGUCUGGCCAAGCUCUCUCUAAUCUGAUCACACACAGCUCAAAAUGUGUAGAUAACAAGACAGUGUACUAAACGGGUGUGGGGUUGGGAGGGGGGUAGUUGAUCUUUAUUUGUAUAGAUAUACGCGCUAGCAAUUCCCGUAACUCCAUAGUUACUUCUGUGGGUAGGUGGGUGGGGUCGGAACAGGAACGGCGUGUGUCUCGGGAGGGCGGGGUCACGUGGGAUGAAUGUACAGUCAUCGUAUCGCUGUAAUAACCUGAUCAGCCCUGUUAUCGCAGAAGCUCCGUGGUUGGUGGCGUUUGUAUAAUCAGGUCUGUCAAUCCGUCAAUUAAAGGUGUAUUUAUUCGGA